UAUAUGAAAGCUGAAAGUAUUAUAGAAUAGAGAGAAACAGCACAGAGAGAAGGGAAAAGAAACCAAAGUCAUGGUUUCAACGAGAAGAAGUGGAUCUCUCUCUACAAACAAUAAUACCAAGAGAUCUUCCUCGUCGGAAGAAAAGCCUCCAUCGCCAAAGCGUCAAAAGGGCGAGAAUGGUGGAACAGCGGAGAAACCGAUGCCGGCAGCGGAGAAUUCAAAGGAAUUGUGUCCACCUGUGGUGUCGGAUCCUGCAGAAUGUGGAGCUAGUGAUGCUCCGAUUGCCGUAGAUGGCCGUGGUGAGGCUUUGAGUUCAGGUAAAGGUGAGGCGGCUCCGGCAGUUGCUGUUGUCACACCGAUCGCUGAAGGUUCUACACCUGUUGCAGUGGAAAAACCAAGGAGUUCAUUAGCAUCUUGGUACAAGCAAAGUAUAACUUUUGAAACAUCAGUGCCUUGGUGCAAGCUUCUCACGGAGUCUGCACAGAACCGGGAUGUAGUUAUAUGUACACCGACUUUCACGAUUGGUUCAAGCAGACAAUGUAAUUUCCCUCUGAAGGAUCAGAGUAUUAGUGGAACUCUAUGCAAGAUUAAACACACACAGCGCGAGGGAGGUGCUGUAGCUGUGCUAGAAAGUACGGGAAGCAAGGGAUCAGUGCAAGUAAAUGGAGAAGUAAUUAAGAAGGGCACUACGCGUGAUCUUCAUUCGGGAGAUGAGGUGGUUUUUGGCUUGAUGGGGAACAAUGCCUAUAUAUUUCAGCAACUCAUGACUGAGGUUGCAGUCAAGGGUGUGGAGGUCCAGAGUAAUUUGGGAAAGUUUUUACAAUUAGAAAGGAGGUCAGGAGAUGCUUCAGCUGUUGCUGGGGCAUCAAUAUUGGCUUCUCUUUCAAGCCCGAGACAAGAUUUACCUUCGCGUUAUAAAUCUCCCAGUCAGAAUACUGGUAAAAUCCACCAAGGCACUGAGGUGCCUGCACACUCUGUUGUCAACGAUGGUACAGAAGUUGAACUUGAUGGCUUGGAAAUUAAUUCAACUCCAGAUAUGGGGAGUGAUAAAGUUGUCGAUGCUGGAGCAGUGGGCAAGAACCUUCCUCACGAUUGCAACCAGGACUCUGGCAUAGAGGCAGGCAAUGUAAAACUCUCUGGAGUGAAUGAUUUGAUAAGGCCUUUGUUCGGGAUGUUAGCUCGAUCAUCUAGUUGUAAACAAAAAUUGAGCAAAAAUAUCUGUAAACAGGUAUUGGAAGAAAGAAACGAGUGGACAAGGGAUUCACAACUGGCAUCAACCUCAGGUAUGUCGUUGCGUUGCGCAGUAUUCAAAGAAGAUAUUCGUGCUGGAAUCCUUGACGGCAAAAAUAUAGAAGUUUCAUUUGACAGUUUCCCAUACUAUUUAAGUGAGAAUACGAAGAAUGUGCUAAUUGCGGCUUCAUUUAUACACUUGAGGCACAAAGAACAUGUGAAGUAUACUGCAGAACUCACCACUGUUAAUCCACGGAUUUUGCUUUCUGGCCCUGCAGGUUCUGAAAUAUAUCAGGAGAUGUUAGCAAAGGCUCUUGCUAACUAUUUUGGCGCCAAAUUACUCAUAUUUGAUAGCCAUUCUUUUCUGGGUGGUUUGUCUUCAAAGGAAGUUGAGUUUUUGAAGGAUGGAUUGAAUGCCGAAAAAUCCUGCACUUGUGCUAAACAAAGUCCUGUAACUAUGGACUUAUCAAAGAGUGUGAAUCCAUCAUCAGUUGUUGAAACAGAUACACCUAGUUGUUCGAAUGCGCCUUCUUCCUCUGGACAGGAAUCUCAACCAAAAAUGGAUGCUGAUGCUGUACCUUCUUCUUCUGGGACAUCUAGAAAUCUUUUGUUCAGAAUAGGUGACCGAGUAAGAUAUAUGUUUGGUGGCUUAUACCCAACAGCAUCACCAUCAAGGGGCCCACCUAAUGGAAUUCGUGGGAAGGUUGUUCUUGUUUUUGAGGACAAUCCUUUGUCAAAAAUUGGGGUAAGGUUUGACAAGCCUGUGCCUGACGGGGUUGAUCUUGGAGGUCUUUGUGAGGGAGGCCAUGGAUACUUUUGCAAUGUUACGGAUCUUCGUUUGGACAAUGUGGAAGAUUUGGACAAGCUACUCAUCAACACAUUGUUUGAGGCCGUAUACAAUGAGAGCAGAAAUUCCCCUUUUAUUUUGUUCAUGAAAGAUGCGGAGAAAUCAAUUGCAGGAAACCCUGAUUCAUGUUCUACAUUUAAAAGCAGACUUGAAAAGCUUCCUGAUAAUGUGGUAACAAUUGCUUCACACACACAAACCGACAAUCGUAAGGAAAAGUCUCAUCCUGGAGGUCUUCUUUUCACAAAGUUUGGCAGCAAUCAAACGGCUCUUCUCGACUUGGCUUUUCCGGAUAGCUUUGGAAGACUUCAUGAAAGAGGGAAAGAAGUGCCAAAAGCAACAAAAGUGCUAACUAAACUAUUCCCAAAUAAAGUAGUUAUUCACAUGCCACAGGAUGAGGCACUUUUAACUUCUUGGAAGCAUCAAUUGGAUCGUGAUGCUGAAACCCUCAAAAUGAAGGGAAAUCUGAAUCAUCUGCGCUCUGUUCUGAGUCGGAGCGGGAUGGAAUGUCAAGGACUGGAGACAUUAUGCAUUAAGGACCACACACUCACAAAUGAAACUGCUGAAAAGGUUGUUGGAUGGGCUCUAAGCCAUCAUCUAAUGCAAAAUCCUGAUGCUGAUGCUGAUGCUGAUGCUAGACUUGUUUUAUCUAGUGAGAGCCUCCAAUAUGGGAUUGAAAUCUUGCAGGCCAUCCAGAAUGAGUCCAAAAGCCUGAAGAAGUCACUCAAGGAUGUUGUGACAGAGAAUGAGUUUGAGAAAAGGCUUCUGGCAGAUGUUAUUCCACCUAGUGACAUUGGAGUUACAUUUGAUGAUAUUGGAGCUUUAGAAAAUGUUAAGGAUACUUUGAAAGAGUUGGUGAUGCUUCCUUUACAGAGGCCUGAGCUUUUCUGCAAGGGGCAGUUAACCAAGCCUUGCAAGGGCAUACUUCUAUUUGGACCGCCUGGAACUGGAAAAACUAUGCUUGCCAAAGCUGUGGCAACAGAAGCUGGUGCAAAUUUCAUCAAUAUUUCAAUGUCAAGCAUCACAUCUAAGUGGUUUGGUGAGGGUGAGAAGUAUGUGAAAGCUGUCUUUUCUCUGGCCAGCAAAAUUGCCCCUAGUGUUGUCUUUGUUGAUGAGGUUGACAGCAUGCUGGGAAGGAGGGAAAAUCCAGGGGAGCAUGAAGCUAUGCGGAAGAUGAAAAAUGAAUUUAUGGUGAACUGGGAUGGCCUACGCACCAAAGAUACAGAAAGGGUUCUAGUACUUGCAGCAACUAAUAGGCCCUUCGACCUUGAUGAAGCUGUCAUUAGACGGCUGCCACGAAGAUUGAUGGUUAAUCUGCCUGAUGCUCCAAAUAGAGCAAAAAUACUGAGAGUUAUUUUGGCAAAGGAGGAUUUGUCCCCUGAUGUUGAUUUUGAUGCAAUUGCGAGUUUGACAGAUGGAUAUUCCGGAAGUGACCUUAAGAACUUAUGUGUUACUGCUGCACACCGCCCAAUUAAAGAGAUACUAGAAAAGGAAAAGAAGGAACGUGCUACAGCUGCAGCAGACGGUAAACCUGCGCCAGCUUUAAGUGGCAGUGGUGAUAUACGGCCGCUUAACAUGGAUGAUUUCAGAUAUGCUCAUGAACGGGUGUGUGCAAGUGUUUCAUCGGAGUCGGUUAACAUGACCGAGUUGCUGCAAUGGAAUGAACUCUACGGGGAAGGUGGUUCUAGAAGAAAGAAGGCUCUCAGCUAUUUUAUGUAAAUGUCAUUUGUACAAAAGCUUCUCAUUUUCUGCUGAAAAAAGCCUUCACCCAAGUAAUAUGCAGCUCUCACCCCCAUGGGAUUGUGGGAGAACCGUUUUGUCUUGUAUGAUGGAAGUAAGUAUAGGAGGAGGGUUUUAUUAUCCGGAGUUUGGGGAUAUAUGCUUUGGUAUAAAUGGCGAAAAGCUACUGUAAUGUUCUUGUGUGUCCCCUAUCCGCUGUCAUGGAGAGCAUUUACUUUCGACUCUUUUUUAAAUUAAUUAACAUCUCAUCUGAAAUAGAAAAAGAGAAGAGAAAAAUACGCUGUGAA